CUAAACUGCCAGUUUUAAGUUGUAGUUUAGAGUGGAAGGUGGAAAGUGGCCCUUAGUGUUUUUAUAGUGUUGUUAUCAUCAUGUCACACGCUAAUUUUUUGGCCGAAGAAAUCAGGCCCAGAGCCGUUUAUACCAUUGAUCAAAUAUUAGGAGUUAAUAAUUCGACAACGAAAAAAAGUAAUAUUGAUGCAGAUGCUGUCAAAGGAGAAUCUGCGAGCGAGGGUGAGUUAAUAGAGGAAUCAUUGGAAGAUUCAGAUUCAUCGAGACCGAGAAAAGUGAGGAGAUCCAGGACUACAUUCACAACUUUCCAAUUACAUCAGUUGGAAAGGGCGUUCGAGAAAACUCAGUAUCCGGAUGUGUUUACACGUGAGGAAUUAGCCAUGCGAUUAGAUCUUAGCGAAGCUCGAGUACAGGUCUGGUUCCAGAAUAGACGUGCCAAAUGGAGGAAGAGAGAAAAAGCAUUGGGAAGAGAAGCUGUAACUUUUCUCCAUCCCAGAGAUCAAGCAGGAUUAUCCGAUUACCCUCUUCACGGUCCGGUCGGUAUACCUCCUAUCCAUAGCGAUACUUUUUGGCCAGCUGUACCGUUUCCACCAAUGCUCAGUCCAGCUCUUGGACUUCAUUGGCCUCCGAAUACACCGAUGCCGACUUUUCAGGCAUUUCUUUCGCAGUAUAUGCUAGCGGGAGGUGGCAUACCACCUGUUAAUCUUGUUGGACAUUCCUCUGUUUCAGAGGAACGUUCUAGGAGCACUAGUCCAGAAAUGCAUAGCCCCACACCACUGUCUCCUAAAAUAUUAGAGGGUAUAAGGGCAAGGAGCCAAGAAAUUUCUUUACCACCGUCAUCGUCACCAAGAAAGGUUCCUGCUAACUCGUAGGUAGCAGUAUAUAAAAAUCUUACCAAAUCGAUGUAAAUAAUUACAAAACGUUGUAAAUAUGUGUACAGUAUAUAAUUUUAUUUUGGUUUUACAUAUCCAGUUUCUAGAUUAUUUUUUUCUUGAAAUAUUUAUUUUAUUUUGCUGACGUUAUUUUAAUUUGUAUUUUGGAUUGAGAAAUAUAUGAAUCAGAGCUUUAUUGUGUAUUAUAUUGUGUAUGAUUUUUAACAUUCUUUUCAGAAUUAGUAAAAAAGACCUCACACCUCGUGGCUAAAUACAUUAAAAAGUCGAACAGACAAACAAAAAUUUAAAAAAUAGAAAAACAAGAAGGGCACUAUAGAAUUGCAUUAAAAGCGAAAAUUGUUAUGAUAACACACAACUUUCCAAGUGGGAAGUUGAUUAAUCUAAAAAUUUGUCUAGAAAACUUCCUUAAACAUCUUGAAGAAGAUAUGUAAGGGAUUUCCCCAAUACUAAUAUAAAUAUUUUAAGCGUAUCUCUUAUUUCAUUUUCAAAGAUGUCUACGAUGUUGUAAGUGCAAACUUUCUAAACUGGAAAUAGUUUCAGGAUUAAGUUGGUGUUUCUGAAUAACUGUCAAUCAGUUCUGUCUCACAUUUUUUUUUCUUCUAGAAUCUCUAAUAAAUAAUAAUAAUGAUAGUCUCUCUAGAUCCUCUUGUUGGGGUAUAUCAGUCCCCAACAUGCAUGUCUUCACCUCUACGCUUAUUUUCGUUCACAACUUCAUAUUUCAUGUCUUUUACUUCUAAUUGUUUAGGUCAAAUUCCACCUCUUUUAACCAUUUUGUUCUAGGAUUGUCAUUUCCUAUCACCGGGAUCCUAUUGCUUCAUAUUGUUUGUUAUAGAGUUUGUUACAUGCCCCAACCAAUUAACUCUUUGUUUUUACAUCUUCGCCGUUGAGUUCGUUAGUUAUUUCACCGUUCGUUCCUAUCUUAUAUUCCCUUUCACUUAUUCUCUUUCUUAUCAAUUUUUCAUCAUAAUUUCUUGUUAGAGUCAUUAUUUCAACUGAGUACAUCAUUACUGAUUUAAUUAUCUUUUUAUGUUUCUAAAUUUUCUUGACUUUAGCUCUUUUCUGUUUCAAAAUUAGUUUUUUUAAUUAUCUUGAAAUAGAAGACAACUAAAAUCAAGAACAUUUAAAAACAUAAACAUAUCAAAAGUUCUAAGAAAUAAGAAAUUAAAGAAAAUUAUCUUUUUGAUUGACCUUUUGCUGGUUUUGUUUACUUUCUUACAUAUAAUUUCAUAUUGACAUGGAAGGCUCUAUUUAUAUUAAUUAUUAGUUUCUUCAAUCUCAGUACUUUCUUCUUCUCUAACCUUCUCCUCCAACCUUUCUUCUUGACAUUGCUUCCCAAAUAUAAAAUAAACAUAAAUCAAUUUCUCGAAAUUUUUAUAAGACAUUCUUCUAGAUUCUAGAAUAACGAUUGUAAAAGAAGACUACACGAGAAAAAAGUAUAAAUUCCAACUAAAUAAUUAACAUUUAUGCAACAUAUUUCUUCAACAAAAAAGUAUGUAUCAAAGCACUAAAGUUAUACUUUUUGUCAAGAGGCAUCACUAACCAAAAAUAUUUGGAAUUAAGGCUAGCAGAAUAGGUUAUGAGUGCCGCCUUUAAUUACACAGCCGAAUGAUUAUAUUUAAAAAAUUGGCGUACAAAUCUUAUUUUUUUCAUUUAUUUAUAUUAAUGGUAAUAAUACAGUUUGUAUUAUUCGUACAGCUUGUAAGCUGGUUGACGUGUAAUCAACUGCUGUCCCUGAAGAAAACCAAAUUUUUUACAGUAUCCAGAGAACCGAGAAUAUGUAAACCCGCAAUAUACGAUCAGUAUAGAAAGUAAUAGAGAUCUAAAGAAUGAAGUGGAAACUCAUACAACAAAGGCGUCAUUAAUAUCAGGGUACCUGGAGCAACCAGUAUCAAAGACAGAAUAUACAAAAACUUGGGUGAUACCAGUAAUGAUAUACGCGAUAGAGACCAGAGCAGAGAACACCAUAACUAAAAGGGCAUUUAAAAUGCGAACGCUGAGAUCAAUAGCGGGACACAUUAUUUGACCAAAUGAUGAGAUAUGUGACAUCCAGGAUUUAGUGAAAUUGGCGAGAAAUCGGCGGAGGGAAUGGGGAUAUUGAAUACACCCCGACCACCAGGACGA